CCUCCUCCUCCUCCUCCUCCCCUGUGCAAUUUGUCCGGAGAUGGCAUUUUGGCUUGAGGUUCAUUGACUGAGAAGAGAAAUGAAGCCCAGGCAGUCCAGAUGGUUGCCUGAUCUCCAGGUAUUCCACAGAUUUCUGGCUGCAGCUCUAAACAGUUCACCAGCAGACAUUCUACUGCUGCCAUUGCAUAGAUUGUGGAGUACUACCAGACCGAGCCUAUAGCAGUCAGAAUGAGUAUGAUGCCUUUGGGGGCAUUCCUUCUCUUUGCUCUGUGUUUCCUGGGGGCAGUCAUUCCACAGGGACUACCGUAUGCCACCUUUUCACACAAUGCCACCAAAUUUCUUCAUUUGAUUAUGGAUCCUGACUCUGGAAGACUCUAUCUGGGGGCCACAAAUUACCUUUUCCAGCUGACAUCCAGCCUGGUGGUGGAGGAGGCCGUUUCCACGGGGCCUUCCUUGGACAGCAAGGACUGCCUUCCGCCUGUCACCAAGCAGGAGUGUCCCCAGGCUCAGGAAACGGACAACUACAACAAGCUCUUGCUGGUCAACUCGCUGGAGAAGGAGCUCAUCGUAUGCGGUAGUGUGUGGCAGGGAAUCUGUGAGAAGAGAAGCCUCGACUUCAUUAACCACGUCCUUUUCCAACCCCGAACUCCAGGAGACACGCAAUAUGUGGCAGCAAAUGACCCAAAUAUUUCCACCGUGGGGCUAAUAGGAUACUCCAAAGACAACGUGCCAGUUCUGUUUGUGGGCCGAGGGUACACCAGUCGCGGGGUGGGAGGUAGCAUUCCUCCCAUUACAACUCGCAAUCUCCGGCCACACCCAGGAGAGGUGGCCGGACCAGACCUUCACUCCAUCUUCUCGUACGAGGAAACGGCAAAGCUGGCUGUGGGCCGACUCUCGGAAUAUAACCACCAUUUUAUCAAAUCUUUCACUCACGGCUCCAGCGUUUACUUCUUAUUCUACCGGCGUGAUAUUAAGUCGCACUCCCGCGAGUACAGGACCUACAUUUCGAGGAUCUGCCUGGACGACUCGCACUAUUACUCCUAUGUGGAGCUACCUUUGGUCUGCCGGAGCGGGGAGAAGAGUUACAGUCUCCUGCAGGCUGCCGAUGUUGGAGAGGGAGAUGCUGGUGCAGCUCAAGGAGGGGUGCUUUUUGCCGCCUUCUCUGCCUGGCAGGCUUCUUCGGGGAAGCUGAGAGAAGAAUCUGCACUCUGUACUUAUACAAUGGACGAGGUGGAUCGCCUCGCCACCCAGACCAGGGACCUUUGCUACACAAAUGAUGGGGAAUUGAAGAAUGGCGAACAGGUGGCUUAUAUAGAAUAUGACGUCAACUCUAACUGCGUCCAGCUGUCCUCGGACACUUUGGACGCCUACCCCUGUGGCUCAGACCACACCCCCAGUCCUAUGGCCAGCCGGCUGCCGCUUGAAGCAACUCCGAUCCUGGAAAAGCCAGAUGCCCGUCUAACCGCUGUAGCUGUCAGCACUGAAGACGGACCCACUGUCAUUUUCCUGGGGGACAGCAAAGGUCGACUGCACAAGGUCUACUUGGGAGCAAUGGGAACCACCAACCUGUAUGCUUCUCUAGUGAUCCAGCCCAACAACGCAGUGAGCAGAGACCUCUUUUUCGACCAGCCCAAGAAGCACCUGUAUGUCAUGACUCAGUCUGUGGUGGCCAAGAUCCCCAUAUUUGAAUGCUCACAGUACUUGGAUUGUGAAUCGUGUUUGGCCCAGAAGGACCCAUAUUGCGGUUGGUGCGUUCUCCAAGGAAGGUGCAGCCGUCGUUCCGAAUGCUCCCGGUUCAAAGUGAGUGAGCAGUGGCUCUGGGGCUUUAAUUCCAGCCAGCAGUGUCUGUCCAUCCACUCCCUGAGCCCAGCCAGCAUCAGCCGAGAAGAACAGAAAAAUAUAUUCCUGACUCUUUCGGAUUUGCCUGCCCUGCGGGACGGAGAGUCCUAUUCGUGCUUCUUUGAAGAGUAUGAGAGCCCAGCGGUGCUGAUAGGGUCAGGCCUCAUGUGCCCUUCACCAGAUCCCAGCCAAGCCCCAAGCUUGAAAGCAGGAACCGACCACAUAACCAUCCAGCUGGUGGUGCGCUUCCACAGUGUCUUCAUUGCUUCAACCGCUUUCUCCUUCUAUGACUGCAUGGCGGUGGCUUCUCUGAGGAAGUCGGCACCGUGCCAGGGAUGUGUGAGCAGCCACUGGGGGUGCAAUUGGUGUGUCCAUCAAUACCGCUGCACUCAUAAAUCCAACUGUGAAGAAGGAACCAUUAUCUACAAUGAGAGGGCUCAGAUACCACACUUUACCCUGCUGCCAUCCUCGGCCAUGCCAGCCGCAGCCGUGUCCCCCUCGUCUUCGCCCACCGUGGCUCCUGAACCCACUGUUCUCUCAGUUGCGCCUGUGGCUACCUCCACCCCCAGCCCCACCACCAUACCCGUUCUCCCCACCACCCCACCCGCAACGUCGGUCAUGACGACUCUGCAGCCAGAAACCCUCAGUCCCACACACGCACCAUCACCCACAACCGCAGAUGCGCUCACCUCACCGGAGACAACCGCAGACUCUCUGACGCUGCCCCCAACUGAAGUGCCUACUACUGCUAGCCCUACCUCUGAGCCCGUCUCUGGCAGCCAACCGGAGACAGCUGGCCCCACAACACACCCUACCUCAGAACCGGUUGUUGUUCCCCAAGAGUGGCCCACCGAUUCGUCCUCCACUGCCCUCCUCAGCACUCUGCGGCCUACUGUGGAGGCCCAAACGCCUUCCCCAGAUGCUGAAAACUCCACCGCUCUGCCUCCGGUCCCAGACGCCCCGACAUCUCCCGUCCCAACUCCUGUCACCUCCAACCUAACAGCAAAUGCCUCCACCUCUUCCACUGACUUGCCACCUGAAGACCUGGAGACCGAGCUGCCUGUCUCUGAGAUGCCCCCUCCUACAGGCCUUCCAGACUGGCUUCCUCCUGGGGACAGCACGGAAUCCACGGACAGCGAGGAAUGGCUGGGCUCGCUGCCCUCUGAGAAUGACACGUCCUCCUUCUCUGCCUCCAUCCUUCUCUCAGGCGACGGAGACUCCUCAGAGAGUGACAUUUCUGAUUUUCCCAGAAUCCUGAACCCAGGGCUGGACUACCAGUAUGAUGCACCUGGAUUUCUGGACUUGAACGAGGAGUUCAACUGGGGCCCGGCCGCCUGCCCCUGUGUGAGAGGCAUUCAGGGGCCCUCUCUGUUGCCGGUCAACGUGCAGCGAAAGAUCACGCUGAUAGGGAGGAACUUCCACCUCUACGAGGACCGGCUCCAGGACUACGAAUGCGCGUUGGUUUUGGAAGGGAAGACCUUGGUGAUGGAGGCUUAUAUUGAGCAGGACGAAACCAAUCCAUCCCUUUGCUAUAUCACCUGCCAGCUGCACCAGUACAGCUAUUCAGCCCCACAACUUGAAUUCAACGCAGUGGUUUUCGUGCAGAGAAAGCGAGGGCUCCGUGUGGACAGCAUAGAAGAUCUUCAUGUCACCCUGUACAAUUGCUCCGUGGGACACUUGGACUGCAGCCGCUGCCAGACCGCCGACAUCAAGUACAACUGCGUGUGGUGCGGUGGGAAGCAGCCCAGCUGCCUGUUCCGGGAUUCCUGUAAAGAAGAGGUCACAGACACGUGUCCGGACCCGCAGAUUCAUGCUGUUUAUCCCUUAAACGGACUGGUCGAAGGCAGCACCAGAAUCACCAUCACCGGGUCAAACCUUGGGCAGAAACAUCAAGAUAUUGCAGAGACGGUCAGUGUGGCAGGAAUCCCUUGCAAGGUUGAUGCUCUGGUGUACGAGAUCUCUAGCAGUAUCGUGUGCACCACGGGCGUAAGCAGCACAGAGAGGUCCGGGCAUGUGGUCGUGGAGGUUCCCGGAGGAGGACAGGGCAUCUCUGGUCAUGUGUUCACUUACCAGAACCCGGAGCUGAAAUCUAUUUCUCCAUUGCGAGGCCCCAAGGCUGGCGGGACGCUCCUCACACUGACGGGCUCCAAGCUACUGACCGGCAACCCCAGCACAAUCAGCAUUCUGAUUGGACACUUCCCUUGCUACAUUCGUUCUGAGAUGCAAGAGGAUAAGCUGCAAUGCCUCACGAGUCCCAGUAACACAUCCAUGGAGCUCCCGGUCACAAUCAAGUAUGGGGAUCAGGAACGGCUGGGGGAUUCCCUCUUCAAAUACACCUUAAACCCCAACAUCACAUAUGCAGAACCAGCCAAGAGUUUCCAGAGUGGCGGGAGAGAGAUCCGAGUUUGUGGGCAUAAUCUCGACGUCGUGCAGGGGCCAAAAAUCCGUGUCACCAUUUCACCAUCGGAGCGCCGACGCCGAGGCCUGGGGAGGUGGCGUCGGAUUAUCCCGGAAACUGAAUGCUCAGAGAAUGCUCUCUGCAGCGUCGAGCGAUUUGAAGAGCCAUGCGAGGUCAACUCCUCCAACCUCAUACUGUGCAGAACACCGGCCAUUAAGUCAUUGUCCCACUCCAUCCAAGUAAAACUGGAGUUCGUCCUGGAUAAUCUCAGUUUUGACUUCAACGCAUUGCAUCCGAUUGGCUUCUCUUACGAGGUUGAUCCCUUCCUGAAACCCCUCAACACAGAGGACCAUACCAAACCCUACCGCCACAAGCCCGGAAGCGUCAUCUCUGUGGAGGGAGAGAAUCUGGACCUGGCCAUUAGCAAAGAAGAGGUGAAAGCCAUGAUUGGAGUCGGGGUUUGCUCGGUCAAGACCCUCACGAAGAACCACCUCUACUGCGAACCCCCCACUGAGCAACCAGCGCCUCAACACCGGGCCAAGCGGGAGGGGACAGAAACGCUGCCAGAGUUCACAGUGCAAAUGGGGAACAAGAACUUCUGGCUGGGCCGUGUGCAAUACGACACUGAGAGUCAGCUCACCUUUCCCCUGGAGGCCCAGAUUGGCUUGGGCGUCGGGGCCUCCUUCGUUGCUCUGAUCGUGCUCAUCAUUGUCUUCAUCUACAGGAGAAAGAGCAAACAGGCCCUGAGAGAUUACAAAAAAGUUCAGAUCCAGCUUGAAAAUCUGGAAACCAGUGUGCGGGACCGGUGCAAAAAAGAAUUCACAGACCUCAUGACAGAGAUGAUGGAUCUCACCAGUGACUUGGUUGGCACUGGGAUUCCCUUCUUGGAUUACAAGACCUAUGCAGAACGCAUCUUCUUCCCGGGUCACCGCGAGUCACCAUUACAAAGGGAUCUGGAUGUGCCAGAAUGCCGGAGGCAGACCGUCGAACAGGGCUUGGUUCAGCUCUCCAAUCUCCUCAACAGCAAGCUCUUUCUCACCAAGUUUAUCCAUACCCUGGAAAUCCAGCGCACCUUCUCUCCGAGGGACCGGGCCUACGUCGCCUCGCUGCUCACGGUCUCGUUGCACGGGAAGCUCGAGUACUUCACAGACAUCCUCAAGACGCUCCUGAACGACUUGGUGGAGCAAUACGUGGCCAAGAACCCCAAGCUGAUGCUGCGCAGGACAGAAACAGUGGUUGAGAAGUUGCUGACCAACUGGAUGUCCAUCUGCCUCUACGCAUUUGUAAGGGACUCUAUUGGGGAGCCUCUCUACAUGCUCUUCCGAGGGAUCAAGCACCAAGUAGAUAAGGGGCCAGUAGACGGGGUGACCGGGAAAGCUAAGUAUACCCUGAAUGACAACCGCCUUCUCCGAGAGGACCUGGAAUAUCGCACACUGACUUUAACUGCCUUGGCUCAAGCCGGGAGCACCGUGGGAGGAGGAACAGAGGGCGCCCAGGGCGUCGUGGUGAAGGGACUGGACUGUGACACCAUCACCCAGGUGAAGGAGAAGAUCCUUGACCAGAUCUACAAAGGGACACCUUACUGCCACCGACCAGACCCAGACUCGCUUGACUUGGAAUGGAGAUCAGGGCUGGCUGGGCACCUCAUCCUCUCUGACGAGGACGUGACUUCUGUCGUCCAGGGCAACUGGAAGCGUCUCAACACACUGCAACACUACAAGGUCCCUGAUGGAGCCACGGUUGCUCUUGUUCCUCGUAUGACCAAGCACCUCCCCAGGGAGAAUCAGGAUUACAUCGCUGGAGAGAAGACCCCAAUGCUAGAGGAUGCCGAUGAGGGCGGGAUGAAGCCAUGGCACCUGGUGAAACCGACCGAGGAGCCUGAGCUGCCGAAACAUCGUCGAGGGAGCCUGCGGGAGCGAGAGAGAGCCAAGGCCAUUCCUGAGAUCUAUCUCACCCGCCUCCUCUCCAUGAAGGGGACACUGCAAAAGUUUGUGGACGACUUGUUCCAAGUGAUCCUCAGUACCAGCCGCCCCGUCCCGAUGGCUGUGAAGUAUUUCUUUGAUCUGCUGGAUGAGCAAGCACUGAAUCACGGGAUCACAGACCCAGAGACCAUCCACAUCUGGAAGACAAACAGCCUGCCCCUGAGGUUCUGGAUCAACAUUAUCAAGAACCCCGAGUUCGUCUUUGACGUGCAGACGUCGGAUAACGUGGAAGCCGUGCUCCUGGUCAUUGCUCAGACCUUCAUGGACUCCUGCACACUCGCCGACCACAAGCUGGGUCGGGAUUCCCCCAUUAACAAGCUGCUCUACGCCCGUGACAUUCCACGCUAUAAGCAGAUGGUGGAAAGGUACUAUGCAGAUAUUCGCCAGACCAUCUCUGCCAGCGACCAGGAGAUGAAUUCCGCCCUGGCUGAACUAUCACGGAAUUACUCAGGUGAACUCAAUUCCUUGGUGGCGCUGCACGAACUCUACAAGUACAUCAACAAGUACUAUGACCAGAUCAUCACUGCCUUGGAGGAGGACCCGACGGCACAGAAGAUGCAGCUGGGAUACCGCCUGCAGCAGAUCGCCGCAGCAGUGGAGAACAAAGUCACAGACUUGUGACGUGCACAGAGGGACAGUCAGGCCGAGACGGGGGGGGGAGCAGGCGGCACCCGUUGCAGUCAGGACCAGACACUCCACGUGGAGGUGGACAGAGGAAGCAGCCGCAGAUCAGGAAAGGCCCAGCGAGAGGGGCCGAGGGUGCCAGCGGACUUUGUUUUUUAUACAGACUUUUUAAAAAUAAUAAUAAUAAAAAUAAUGAUGAUGGUGAUGAUAAUAAUGAACGCUAGGGAAAUCCUCCCUAAACAGAACCUGGGUUCCUCCAGAUGGGCUGAGCCAAGCGGCCAGGAGGCCUGUUGUCGUGAAUGUGCCAAGGGGGUGAGAGACUAGGUGUGGGACGCCGGGGCGGGGGGACGCCGGAUCUUUGCCUCUCCCCUCUGCAGCCUGAAGACACUGCAAAGGACAGCUCAGGCAGGGGCCCUGAAGCUGCGUGAGCGUCUACAGACUCCCUUGGGCCCCGAGAGAGGACAUCCUCCUGG